AUGGGACUUCCUUUCGUUUUGCUCUCGGCAUUCCUCCUGCUCGCGCCCUCGAAUGCGGCGAUCUCUCUAGCGACUGUGACUAGUACCUCCCUCACAACAGUCUCACAGACUACAACCAGCGUUUUGACGACAACGGGAACCACCACCACCUGCAAUGUUGCUUCGGGCGCCCCGGCUAUCACAACCUGCUCCCCGGGGGUCUGGUCGUCGGGUUCAACAUACUACCAGCAAUUGUGCUCCUCGGUCUGGCUACACAGCGGUACACUGAUCACCUCACACGUGAGCGUCCCGUAUAGUCAGUGUGCGAGCUAUUGUGCGGAGAACACAGCUUGCGCAGGCAUUAAUUAUGCAUCCGUCGCCAAUGUUAUGUUGUGUUAUCUAUCGGCUGGAAGCAUGACAGCCUCGGUUGGCGUCUCAUAUGAUGAGGUAAUGUUGGUUAAAACUACUAAUCCGUGCGAGGCAACGGUCACGGGAGUGACGACAAGUACGGCGGUGGAUGUAUUGACAGUGGAAUAUACCACUGUUUAUACUUCGACUAUCACUUUGACCCCGUCUCCUACUUCGACCACUCCUGGCGUAAGCGCUACUAGCGCUGCAAGUGUUUCUCUAUCAAGCCAACUACCGUCUUCAACACAGAUUCAACAAUCCUCAUCAUCAUCUGCGCCGAGCUCUAGAAUUCUAGCCUCUACAGAAUCAUCAUCGUCAUCAUCUGUGCCGAGCUCUAGAAUUCAACCUACUAUAGCAUCCUCUUUAUCUGCAUCACCAUCCUCAAAGAUUGCGUCCAGCAGUGUUGUGGUUCCUUUGAUGUCAACAUCUUCGAUCAAGAUACCACCCACAUUCUCGACUGCCCUGGCUUCUAGCAGUGUUGCGAAUAUACAGUCAUCUUCCUCCGCGUCGCCAUCCUCAAAGAUUGCUUCCAGGAGUGUUUUGGUUCCAUCGAUGUCAAAAUCUUUGAUCAAGACCCCGCUCUCCUUCUCAACUGCCCUGGCUACUAGCAGUGUUGCGAAAACACAGGGGUCUUCCUCUCAGCCCGCAAGAUCUCUAUCCAGUUCUCUUUUUCCGUCUCCUGCCAGUUCAGCUUUGUUCACGGGCUUUUCCGCUAGUCGUUCAAGCCCGUCUGUUCAAUAUCAGUCUUCUUCGGGAAUUCCUAUCAACAACAACAUACCCACUUCAAGCGAGACCGACACGAGCCCUAUAAGCAGCUCAUUUGAAACAACAGAAACACACUACACAACCAGUGUUUCUACAAUCUACGGCUGCCCAUCGCGAAUUCCCAAUUGUCGGUCAGCACAGCGAACCACACAGAGAACAACCCUGAUAAUUCCCACAACCACCGUCUAUCCUCUGACCGCUUCCACGGUAUACACCACUCAAGUCUACACAGUGGCUGGCUGUCCACCAGCUCUCCAUGGCUGCUCGGGCCCGCAGAAAACAACGUCCACGCAUACGAAGAUUGUACCAGCAUACACAACCGUUUACCCCAUCCGCGCCCCUCCAAGGCCAGAGCCUGUGCCCGUGACUACAAUUGAGGUGACGAGUCUCUCUACGGUCUCCCAUACGGAAACCGUGACGGUGAUGGCCUGUCCCACCGACAUCUUAUAG